CUCUGGGAUACAUUUAUCAUACAAGGAACGCCUGGUUGAUAAUAACAAAUUUUGAAACGACUCCCGCGAUUUUGUGUUCACGUUAGUGAAUUUGUAUCUUUUCUGUAACAAAAAUAUGUCUUCAUGUCGUGUAAUAUCUCGAGCGAAUUCUCUAGCACUCCAGGGAUAUCGCCAUGCUUGUCAUGUUAUGCUGCAUACAGCAAUCCCUGAUGAAGUGAAGCUGUUCGGUUACUAUCCUAUCAAACACUCUACAUUGAUGCAGUUUCGMUUUGAUGGUAGGCUUGGUUUCCCUGGUGGAUUUGUCGAUGAAAAUGAAAGUCUUGAAGAGGCAGUGAAUCGGGAACUGAAAGAAGAAAUGGGUCCGACAUCUGAACCUGUCUCAAUUACAACUGAUAACUAUGUCAUCACACAUUUAUAUGAACAAUUUAUUGCUGAAAUGAAAGUCACCAAACGCUUGUGCUUACACUUCUUUACCAAAAAGGUUUCAGUUAAACAAUUUCUUGAGCUUGAAACAAGAUGCGGAAGUCAGCCGAAUCUUGGAUUUGAGGUUCUUGGGAUUGUAAGGUGCCCUGUUUACACUCUAACAGACAAAGAAGGUGGAUUUCCUUCGUUUUUAAGAAACAAUUUCGUUGGUAAUGCAAGAGAACAACUUCUUAUUGGAAUAGCAAAAGAAAAUCUGUUAACUUCACAGGAAAUUCAUGAAGCAAUCGCUAAGAGUGGAGUUGAUAUUGACUUUUCAAUUGCAAAACUUUGAGAUUUCAAGAAUAUAGUAUUGACAGGUAAAUCGGGUAUUUGGGUGAUUGUAAUUGUACUUCAGAUUUUAGGAUUGGGAGCUGUGAAAUCCAUGAUAUGAGGGAGUCGCAGGGGUUUUGGGAUAAGAAUCAUGACAGACGUUGAGUAGAUUCCAUGUAGAUUGGUGUGAAAGUGUCGCAUGCAGGCUACAUUCAAGACAUGUCAAGAGCAUUUUUAAAGGGAUAUUUAAAAACUAAAACACCCAAACAAUAACAUUAAACUUUUUUCAUGUUAGAUGUUAGGUAUUAUGUUUGUAUAAAUCAAAGCAAUUGAGGUGAUUACGAGAAUCAAAAGAUUGGAGUAAUUUGCAUAAACUCGACGCAUGUGAAGGUCCACUUUUGAAAAKGAAUGCGGCUGUGGACGGACUUUUUUGUAUCCUCACUUUGAAUUGUUUUGAGGCUUUUUAUCGUUUGGAUAUCAUGUAAACGAAGCGUAUUUGCUGGCUUUGUAUUUAUUUUUUACUUAUGACCCUUUUGCACAUAUUCAUKAUAUAAACAAGAAAUUGCAACUCGAGAGUAUAAGCCGGACUAUAGAGAAAAGGUCCUCGAAUUUUUGAUGCCAAACCUCUUUCACAAGCAUUCAAACUGACGACAAAAACUCAAAACUUUGCCGUAAAAUUAUUAUCAUAAAAGCCUCUGAAGCUUCCUUACCAGUAAACUGURGCGAACCGUUACGCCUCUAMGUGUGUAGAAGCWGUGUGGUCCACAAGAAAGCCAUUUUCUCCAUGUUUGUUUCCGAAGUACUGGAAAUAAUUAUCUAAUUAUCURACAGAACAAUGCAGAAUAAAGAGAUGUUACUCAACUGA